AUGAAGGACACCCAAGUAUCUCCUCAGAAUCAUUGUCCGAGGAGCAGCAGCCGGAAUGGCAGCAUUAGCAGCACUGUUGCCUCUUCUGCUGCGUCUGCUUCGUACCACAGUGAGUCGGGGUCGGGGGCGCCUCCUGGGUCCUUGCAGUCCAUACGACUGCUGCAGGAGGUACAGGGACUCCCGGGAACUCAUGGACCGCAUGCUCGUCACAUGAUGAGUUUCUUGCAGCGCCUCUGGUGGUCCAGUGUCCGGGCUCGAUGCCAGGAGUCUCCUUGCGGGCCAGUGGACCAACAUGGAGGCUCAAAAGAGGCUGCUUGCUGCCAGAACGGAGCUCGUUCUGUCGCGCGAGCGGCUCAGCAUCAAGGAGAACGGAACUUUAGUCCCGCGCAUCCGAAGUGCCUUUCUUCAGAGCGCGGAGGAAGCAGCGACAACAGUAACGGGAGAGGCAGUGUCACUGGAAGCAGCACACCUCCCGCCCUAUCGGGGUCCACACUGGGGCAUCCGAGGAACCGUUGGUCAUGUUUUGCCCUCUCUGGAUCUAUCAGAUAUUACCAAAGGGCCCCAGGCCGCGUUGUGCGUUCGACGUCGUGCCCCGGGAGAAUGGAGUAUUCAGCAUACUUUCCAGCAGCGCAUGCAGCGAGUGGAGCAUCCGCAGGAACCAGGAGCGUCAGGGCCAGUGGUAGGAACCCACUUUUCCAGCCCUUUCACAUGGAUGGAGACACUCGCAUGCCAAUGAAGAACGGCCGGAGCAGGAAAACCCAACAUCAUGGGCAGGAAGAAGACCAGGACCACAACCCGCACAGGCGGAAAGGUACAGGACCUGCAGGAGGGGCAUGUGGAGGAGACUGCGACGAUCUUCUCCGCAAAAAGCUCUGGACCCUCGGGUCUCUCCCCGACCAUGCAAUGGUUGUGAAGGUCCCUUCCCAAGUAGGAAGGCUGUCUUCAUGCAUAUUUCCACCCUUAGGUGGCCCAAGCAUUAGGGGCACUCGAGGAGACCACGCAUCCCGGGAUAAGAACAGCCCGCCACUCUCUGGAAUCAAGCUACUGCCCGUCGUCACCCCAAAAGGAGACGAAAAUCCAAGGCGAGCCUCUGUGCACGUUGUGAUGAACGCGGAAUGUGAUGGGACACCCGACGGACAGCCCACAGGGUUCCAUGAUGGGAGGCAAAGCCAGUGGUCCGAAGGAGGUCUCCACGGGCACCUCCGACAGCCGCACCAUCGUUUACCCCCCACGGCAAGUCCCAGCUCCAACGUACGGGGGAGGCGAGAGGAAAGAGGACCUCCAGCUGACCAGGCUGCAGCUGCUCCAGGUGCGGGAUGGUGGAUCCGCUCUCCACAGGAAAGUCCGGGAGGUGCAGCUGGGACAACCGGAGUUGCAGAUGGAGCUAUGACACCUUCGCCAGCGUCUUCAACAGCAACAGCAGCCCCAUCACGGCCAAUGCUGAACAACAACCGUGGUGUUCCAGGCAAAACAGUGAUUUCAACUGUAUGUGCGUGUAGUUGGUCAGACCCACCAACCGUCAGGGCUUGCCCAAUUCAGAAGUACCUGGCUCACACACAGCACAGAGACCUUGGGGCUCUUUGCUUGGGUCCUGCGGCCAGCGCCGCUGAAGCUGAGGAAGAGCAGCUUGUGCAGUGUCUGUCGGGUUGUAGCAACUGCAGAGAAGAAACAGCGUCCGGCCACUGCGCAAUAAAUCACAAACACAGCACAAGUGGUGGAGGGUGUCACAGGGGGGCCCCUAGAUAUGUUGCGAUGAGCGACUGCCUUGGGGAGUACCCGGAAAUUCUUGUGCAGCUUCUCAGAGGCCCCUUAGCGAAGCGACACCCGGAGGUGGACUUACUUCGUUUGCAGAGGGAGGCGAAGCCGAAGCAGGACAGCGAAGAACCAGCACGCACAGACCUGUGCCUAUGGAUAGGGGCAUUCAGCAUUCCUCGAGACGACAAGCGCUACCGAGGCGGUGAAGAUGCUUGGUUCUUAGAUGCUUCGAACAACGCUUUUGGGGUGGCGGACGGCGUGUCGGAAUGGGAGGACCUGGCCGGUAUUAACCCUCAAGAAUAUGCACAAGAUUUAAUGCAAGGCACUCAAGAGGCCAUAGGCAAGAUCCAGACAGAGCAAAGGAGCAGGACGAAGCAGGCCGAGACAGAAGGCACGGGCGGAGGAGCUCAGGCAGGCACACAAACGGGAAGGCAAACUUGCAACCCAGCUGAUGUUGCGAAAGAAGCUUUAACACGAGCAUACCACAAAGCACGCAAUUUUGGAAGCAGUACAGCAAUCGUUGGAGUCCUUGACGGAGAGACUGGAAUUUUUGGCCUUGCGAACUUGGGCGACAGUAGCAGUCUGGUUCUACGUCGUCCACGCGUCCGGGGCUCUUUGGGCCAGCUAAGUCUGGUGAAGAAAGUGAAGGAGAUGCAGCAUGGAUUUAAUGUUCCUUUUCAGUUCGCGCACCUUCCGGCCCCGGAAGAGUGGGAUGAGCUUCUGCAGAGGGGCCUUACCCGACUGGUGAGCAUAGCCAAGCAGGAGUAUGACCAAGGGGAUGGAGGGCGUAUAGGCGACGAGCCAUCAGCAAUACAGUCUACUAGUGUCCCUGUUCAAGACGGCCUUGCUGUUUCCCCUCAUGAGGCACAGACGCUUCUGGGCGAUGCAUCUCUUGCGACUCCGCCCGAAGAUGUUGCUCGCGCCCUGGCCCUUGCAGCGUAUUGGCGGUCUCUUGACAGAGACGCUCAAACUCCAUUCUCAAAGGAGGCUCGCCGGUGCUGUAACAAACAGUCCCUACCUGUCCAGACACCCGAUGGCUCUACCGGGGCUCAUCAGGCCUCACCAGCGCACGCAAUGUUCUUAGCAGGGCUGCUCAGUGGCGGUAAAGAAGAUGACAUUACUGUUGCAGCAGCCUGGGUGUGCCGUAGAGACAGGUGCGUAUACACAGAAAACGACGGCAAACAGUCGUCACCACCAUACACACGCCGCGAGUCACAGGCAGGCCAGUUUCGCCGCCCGCAACAGCAGCAGUGUCAGCAAGCAUCCCAAGGGGAAGACGUAAAAGCUAAAAAGACGGGGUUGAGCAAUGGGCAGGGAAGUGGGCCCAGCUACAGCAAACCAACUGACGCAUCAACAAGUAAAUGA